AUGGACAACGAACCUCGCCCCGCACUCAGCUUGAGCGGCGCCUCCACCCCCGAGCGCAUUGACGAAGGCCAAAUAACCCCAGACAGAUCCAGCGUCGUAUUCCCCGACCCCGGCAUCCCACCCGAAGAAAUCGUGGAACGCCUGCGCGAAAUCCGCGUCAAAUUCCGCUCUCACGAUGAACACAUGCCUGCUCCAGAAUAUGGCGAAGAUGCACAAGCGGAAACCACACCUCGAGACGAGAUGGGCGCCGACCUCGAAAAAGGCGAAACGGCCAGGUCAGAUAUAAAUGAUCCUGAGGGCAAGAAUGGGCUGACGCGUAUGCCGACUAUACGGGAUCGUGCUCGUCAUUGGUUGACGAAGAUGGGAAGACCAGAGGAGCCAGGUGAUGGAUUGACGCCGGCGAUAAGUACAUCUGAAUGGGUGGACGAAAUUGCUCCGCUGGCCAGCCCUCAAAGUGAGCCGCAUGUUCAUCAGGAUGCUACUGUUGAGGCGCAGCGUGCACUUCGUGGUGUUGGACUGCAUGCUGGUUUGAGGAAAAGGCCGAAGCCUUUUCGCACACAUUCUUCAGAGUCUGUGACCAGUGUUGGUGGCUCAGAUACCGACGUUGAAACCCCUCAACAUGGCGAAGGAGUGUUGUCAUAUCUGCUCAAAUUGCAUGCUCAUCACUCAUUCUCGGGACGCAGUACACCGCAGACUCCAGACAGUGGCGCCGCAACACCCAAGAGCGGUGCUACUAGUCCCAUCAGCGGUGCGACGACUCCAAGAAAGAAGGUGAAAUGGUACAGCAAGCACUCCCCAAACCAGUCAACCAUGUCUUUGGUUGGAGCUGGCUUGAAUCUCGGUUCACAAGCCGCACCGAUGGCGAUGGACGAUUUGAAAAAGUCCGUGGCUAGUAAGCGGGAGAAGAUGAUGGGAACUACCAAGAAUGGAAAAAGCAAAAAGAGCAAGAAACAUCUCAAUGAUCAUAUCGCAGCACGCAUUGCAUCAAUCAUCACCAGACAGCGGUAUUUGAUGACGUUGUGUCGGGCAAUGAUGCGAUUUGGUGCUCCAAGCCAUCGACUAGAAGAGUACAUGUCAAUGACUGCACAGGUGCUGGAUCUGCAUGCUCAGUUCCUGUACCUCCCUGGGACAAUGAUCAUGUCUUUCGACGACUUGGCCACGCGAACUACCGAAGUCAAAUUAGUACGAGUGGCACAAGGAGUGGACUUGGCUCGGUUAGAGGACACGCAAAACAUUUAUAAAAAUCUAGUGCACGACAAGAUUACCGUCGACGAAGCAAUCAACGAGCUCGAUGAUGUGAUCAACCGCCCUGCGAAAUAUCCUACCUGGCUGGUUGUGCUAUGUUAUGGAUUUGCGUCUGUGGCUGUCGGUCCGUUCGCAUUUGAAGCAAGGCCGGUUGACAUGCCAAUCACCUUCUUUCUCGGUUGUUUACUGGGAUUACUCCAGCUUGUGUUUUCUCCUCGGUCUAGUCUUUAUUCGAACGUUUUCGAAGUCCUCGCCACAAUUCUCACAUCUUUCCUGGCCCGCGCCUUUGGUAGCAUCCGCAAUGGCGUGGUAGAUGGCGCGCAGCAAUAUUACUUUUGUUUCUCAUCCAUGGCCCAAUCCUCUAUCGCUCUGAUUCUCCCCGGUUUUCUUGUCCUCAGCAGCAGUCUCGAAUUGCAGUCUCAUCAAAUCAUUCCGGGAUCUAUCCGUAUGGUAUACGCGAUUAUUUAUUCGUUGUUUCUAGGAUACGGCAUCACAGUCGGGACAACGAUAUACGGACUGAUGGAUCCCAAAGCGAACCCCAACACCACAUGUUCCGGUGAACUCAUUGGCAACAAUCCUUACGUUCAAAGAUUCCCUUUUGUCGCAAUAUACGUCGUCUUUCUCGUCAUUAUCAACCAAGGAAAAUGGAAACAAGUCCCCGUGAUGAUCCUGAUUGCCGAAGCGGGUUAUAUUGUGAACUAUUUCAGCAAUCUCAAACUCGAAUCAAACCCAGAGUUGGCCAACACUCUCGGCGCAUUUGCCAUCGGCGUCUUGGGUAACCUGUAUAGUCGAAUAUGGCACGGCCACGCCGCAACAGCGAUUCUACCCGCUAUCUUUGUGCUCGUGCCAUCCGGCCUCGCUUCACAAGGCUCCUUAGUUUCAGGUGUCCAAUCAGCCUCCGAAAUCCGAGCAAAUAUCACCGGCGACUACUCCAGUUCCGCGACAGGCUCAUCCGACAGUUCUGUGUAUUCAAUGGGAUACGGCAUGAUCCAAGUCGCCAUCGGCAUCACCGUGGGCCUGUUCCUGUCUGCCGUAGUGAUUUAUCCACUUGGUAAACGACGAACAGGUUUAUUMUCUUUCUAA